AUCGCCACUAGUUGGAGCAUCCUGAUCAGCAUCAUUGUGGUGCUAGCUGUCGCAGCUGGAGCCUGGUUCUUCAGUCCCAAAGGCGAGAACCAAACUGUCUGGCGCUCAACAAUAAUACUAUCAGCGGCAAGUUGCUGGCUCAUGUGGGCCAUAACCUUCCUCGCACAAUGGCAUCCACUCAUCUCGCCUGAACGAAACGAUCUACGACCCGAGUUCAAUCAGGGACCGGUAAAGGGCGGAAGCAGGUUUUGA